AUGAACUUGAAAACGCAGCAGCAGCCGUUUCGAAUAGCGAUCCUCGAAUGCGACACACCAUUGCCCCAGACCAAGGCGAAAUUUCACGGCUACGGUGGCGUGUUCGAGUUCUUGCUUCGCGCCGGUGCAAAAGCCCUGGGUCGACCUGAUCUGGUAGAUCCAGAGACGGGGUUCGAAGUGUCGAAAUGGCAAGUCGAAUUGGAGCCAGACAAGUAUCCUGACCCAGACACGAUCGAUGCCAUUCUCAUCACCGGUUCGAAACACGACUCGUUCGCCGACACGCCGUGGAUCAACAAGCUCGUCGACUACACGGCCAUGAUCCUGUCAGAAACCAAAGUCCGCGUUAUCGGUGUCUGCUUCGGCCAUCAGAUCGUAGGACGGGCCUUGAAGGCCGAAGUCGGGAGAAAUCCAUUGGGCUGGGAGGCUGCGGUCAACGAGGUCGAUUUGUCGCCGAGAGGAAAAGAACUCUUUGGGAUCGAUAAACUGCGCAUACACCAGAUGCAUCGCGACUGUGUCCUUUUCUACCCAGACGGUGUCGAGGAGCUUGGGUCUUCGCCCGUCUGCAAAGUCCAGGGCAUGUAUUCGCCUAAACGGCUGAUGACGGUGCAAGGCCAUCCCGAGUUCAACAAGGAGAUCAUGGACGAAAUCGUCAAAACGCGCCACGCGACCGGCAUCUUUGACGACGAGGCCUACAACGAGCACGUAAAGAAGGUGGAUUUGCCGCACGACGGUUUGAUCGUGAGCCAGGCCUUUUGGAGAUUCUUACUGGAAAAAUAG